CUAGAAUUCGUUAUGAAUUCGCACUCUACUCUCUACUCACUUUAAAAGAUGCUGAGUCGGAUUUUCUUCAUAGAAAUUAACUGAAUUCGUCAUCUAUUUAUUGUAAAAACAUUAGAAGACUCAAAAACAUUCUUUCAUCUUGGAAAGUCAUAAUUUUUUGGCAGAAUGUGUCAGCGAUCGUUCUUCAAAACUAUUGAAUGCUAGGUAGCACUUAUUAAAGCCGUUUACUUUCAUUUAUAAUUCUAUGAUACAUGCUUAAAUCCAAUGUUUUUUUUUUUUAGUUUUCGGCUGAUUUUUCAUAUAAACGAACCAUUUCCCCAGUGUUGUUCAUGCACCCACACUCUUCUUAUAUCUUUUUUACUAAAGUUUGUUGAAACGCUUUUGUUAGCGGAUACAAAGUUAAGUUCUCGAUAGAAUGGGACUCAUUGUUACUAUUUAUACUCUUUGGGUCGCAAUUUCUUCUUUGUUUAUUGUCUCAGCAUUUCAGGUAGAUAUUCGCAACUUUCUUUUCAAGUUCAUCCCAAAAAUAUAUCCGGGUGUUUCAAAGUACAAUGUUGCUUCCGUAUUAGCAUUUGUUUCUGAAAAGUCACUGGAAUUUGCUAGUGUCAAGUUCCUGGUAAUGCUUGCGAUAGACAAAUUAGGAGCCUUUUCUUCUCCUAUCUAUGGUAAAGUGUUUAUUUUGGACAUGUUUGGCUUAGGUUCUUUGCUUUCUCUGAUCGUUGCAAAUGUUAUUGGAGCAUAUCAUCUAGACGAUGUGAAAGAAAAGCUUUCCUCUUCUAGGGAUGUUUCAAACAAAAGUUGUUCUUCUCUGAAAAAGCAUAUCGGUCGACUUUCAGUCAAUGUACGUACUGGAUCCAUCCUGCGUUUUCCUUAUAUUUCAUACCUUCCUAAUUGGCUGCUCGCGAAAAACAAUGCGGAAAGAUUGGUUUACAAAAGUCAUCUGCUUUUGAAUAUCUUUACUCCUGAUGAUAAAUCUACAAAUCAUCCAGUAGUAUUGUGGGUUUGCGGCCGUAACAAGGCUGAGUCUGUAAUUAUACCGUACCUCGCCUCUCUUGGUUUUGUUGUUGUCGUCCCCAAUUAUGCACAACCUCCUAAAUAUUCCACUGCUGAAUCCGUUUUGUUUGUAAAACUGUGUGUAGAGUGGAUAUCGGAAUGUAUCUACUGUUUCAAUGGUGAUGCCAAUCAGAUAUAUUCUGUUGGCGAAGACACUGGUGCUGCAGUGAUUAUGGAAUGUCUUUCGAAGGAGUUACCUGCUAAUACGAUACACGGUUUGUUCGCCCUCGCACCUAGGCAUAACCGAGAUCUACAGUGGUCUAUCAAACAAUCUAUCCCUACGUUCACUUUGGUUCCUGGAGUUCAAGAGGACAAUCCUGAAGGUGAUGCUAAGCAAGCUGACCCCAAUUUACACAAAUUUAUGAGCGUUUCUGGUGCCGUUCCUUAUUAUUAUAAGUUUAGUUCUCCCAGAACGCUUGCAACUGGUGACUUGAUUGCUGAAUGGCUUAAUCAUAUAAAUACUUCGAAAAAGGUGAACUAACAUCUCCAAGUGAACGGGUUAACGAAGUUAUCUGAGCAAAUCAUGAGAACUGGGUAAUGACAAUUCACUUUUUUACGUUCGCAAUUUUUUCCUUUUUUGCUUCUCCCUAAUCACUUACAAACUACAAACUCUUUCAAGUAUUGACUUCCUGAUUUGCGAGCUACUGGAUAAAGCUUUCAAGUUGGAAGAUAUAACCCAAGUGUAUCUAACAGAAGCUGAGCAACUCAAUGUAUCCAGCAUGAAAUAUCAUAUUGCGAGGCUAAACGAUGUAUUUUCUAUUAACCGAAAGCUCGUUUUCUGAAGGUUGUCUGUAACCACAUGAAUGAUUUGUUGUUCAGUGAUACAUCUUGCUUUUUUUGAAGGCAUUAUUAGGUGUUGUCAGAACAGUCCUGAUGUUAAACUUGCUAAACUUAUUUUCGGAAUUGGGACCCCUGAAGAAAACUGAAAUAUCUUAAAUGCCUAUUUGGCUUAGAAGACUAGGCUCGGUGAAGAUUGCCUCACAUCUUCCUAUGAAGUUUCUCCAUGAUUAUCCAUGAAAAUAAUUAACAUAGAUCAUGAAAUGGGAAACAAGAAAAGCCAUUGUCCAACUGUCAUUAUUUUGGGUAAUUGGUGUAGAUUCUCCUUGGGCUUUCACUAACCUCUCUCAUGAUACAUUGACCUAUAUAUGAAUUAAUAAUGCCUGGAUUAGCUGAACUACUUCCGUUCGAACUUAUGUUAAACUACCCAGUCAAUUUGUUAUAUUCAUAUGACGAUUUGUCUUCAGGGUUUUGAUGAAAAUAAUUUAUGAAUUAUCAAUAAUGUAUGAUUACUCACUUUUCCUUUGUUAUAAUGAAUUUAUUUGUUCCAAACUUA